AUGUCACCCGCGGAGUGGGCCUUCCUAGGCGCCACGGCCCUCUGGAAUGCGAUCCUCCUCUACACCGCGACGCCGCAGGGCGGCGUCUUCGAACGGCGCCUCUGCUGCGCCGCCUGCCCGGUGGCCUGCGUCCUUUACCUAGCGCUCGGCCAGCUCGCGCUCGGCGGCGGCGCGUGCUACGGCAGGGCAGCGCUGGCCGCGAACGAUGAAGACACGGAGGUCGCGGCCACGGUGCCCUGCGCGCUCUUCGGCGCGCUCUUCGCGCAGAGCGUCGUGCAGUGCGCCGUCGCGCGGGCGCGGCCGGCGAAGGGCCGCGUCGCCGAGGCGGCCGCGUGGCCGUGCGCGGGCGUGCAGGCGCUGACGCUGCUCUACUACGUCGUCGAGCGCUCGGACGCGGCGUGUUUGGUGAUGGCGCCGCCCUUCCUCGCCAAUAUGUCAAGCGUCACGGCGCGGCCGCUCCACCUGGUGCUCUGGACGUGCUCCGUGAGCGCGCAGGUGCUCGCGAUCUACAGCGUCGAGCGCGAGCUGUCGGCGCGCAUGCCGCGGCCGCCUCCCACAAACGCGCGGCGGGACUGCUGCGCCGCGCUCGUCGCGGUGCAGGUCAUGUGCUGGUGCUCGGCGCUCCUCGACGCGCGCGCGCCCGGCGCGACGGGCUACGGCCUCGCGCUCGCGGCGCUGUCCUGCGCGGCGUUCUACGCGCUCCUCGCGAAGGGCGUGCGCGGGCCGCUCGCGCGCGGCGCGGCGGCGGCGCGGCGCGGCAAGGACGAGCGCAUCGCCGCGCAGCUCGAGCGCGCGGCGGUCUUCUUCACCGUCGCCUGGCACGGCUUCCCCCUGGUCUGGGGCGCCGGUGUUUUGGGGGUGGUGGGCGACGCGCGCGUGCGCCUCGGCUACGUCCUCUGCGACGUCGUCGCCAAGUUUCUGCCGGCGUCGAUAUAUGUCUCACUCGCCGUAGACCCGUAA